UGGCGCUCUGGCUGGGCUCCGUCUCUGCGAGGCUGGCUGCUGACCUGACCGAAUAAUGCCCACUUUUAUCUCCUCUAGUCCGCUCUAAAUCGCCCAAAUCGUGUCCAAAACAAUGUCGGAGGAAGAGCUAAAGGUUCCCGAUGAGCUUUUCAAGGACGUAAAGUUCUACGUGGUCGGUGAUAUUGACCAAAAGGUGGUGCAGUUGCUAAAAGCAGGGAAGGGUAAAGAAGUGUCCUACAAUGCCCUCGCCACCCACAUCAUUGCAGAAGAUGGAGACAAUCCGGAGGUUGGCGAGUCACGGGAGGUGUUUGACCUGCCUGUUGUGAAGCCCAGCUGGGUGAUACUGUCCGUAAGAUGUGGAGACUUGCUACCGGUUACAGGGUUUUCACCAGAAUCUGGGCAGCUGUUCUUUGGCGUCCGAGCGUGUUUACCUCACCUGGCAGAAGACCUCAGCACCCUGUGGGCCUUUAUUACGUUCUAUGGAGGCGAAUGUCAGCUGAAUUUCAACAAGAAGUGCACACAUCUGGUGGUCCCUGAACCUAAGGGGGCAAAGUACGAAUGUGCUUUGAGACACAGCAGCAUUAAAAUAGUCACCCCUGAGUGGAUAAUAGACUCCGUCAAAGAGAAAGAGAGAAAGGAUGAGGCUCUGUAUCACCCGCGACUCACCUACCAUGAGGAAGAGGAGGAAGAGGAAGAGGAAGAAGGGAGUGAGUAUGAAAAUGAGCACAGCUCCGAGGGCAGCUCUCGCAGCAGGCGCUCUAGCCCGACCUCCUCCCGCGAGGCCACACCCUCCAGACGCCACACCCGCUCACCUUCUCCCAAACCUGGCCGCAGGCCAGAGCUCAUGUUCGACGACUCUGACGACUCCAGCCCAGAGAAGGAGGAGCGUAACCUGAACUGGACUCCAGCCGAGGUGCCCCAGCCUGGCACGGCUAAGCGUCGUCUGCAGCCGGGAAAGGACACGGGCCUUAUCAACCUUUGCGCCAAUGUACCACCCGUACCAGGCGCAGUGGGCCCUGCAGAUGCCCGGUUGGGGGGUGCAAGUGGGCCUGGCAUCCCCCCAGGAGCGGAGCGCCCGGAGAUGAUUGGCGGAUGGAACGCAGCGGCCAGACCGCUGCGAAACAUAACCAACAGUAGCGAGCCGCAGCAGGUCAACCGCCCACCCAACGUCACUCAUAUCCUUCAGACUCUGUCUACCUCUGCUAAAGGCAUGGAGCAGCAGGGCAGUCAGGGCCAGCCUGGUGUGCCCAACCAGGUGCUCUUCAACCCUGUGAAGCCUCCUCAUCAACAACAGCUCACUCCUGAAGCACAGCAGCAGUUACUGCAACAACACCAGCAGCAGCAGCAGCAGCAGCAACAACAGCAACAACAAGCACAUCAAAUCCCUCCACAGCAACAACAGCAGCAACAACAUGCACAGCCAAUGCUUCAGCAGCAUCCCAUGAUGCACCUGCAACAACAGAGCAUGCAAAUGCACCAUCAGCAGCAGCAACAACAGCAGCAGCAGCAGCAGCAGCAGCAGCAGCAGCAGCAGCAAGGAUUCCCUCAGAUGCCCCAACAGCAGCAUCAGUUCCUUCAGCAACAGAUGCACCAACAAAUGUAUUCGCAACAACAUCAGCAGCAGCAGCAACAACAGCAUGCCUUCCUGCAGCAGUUGCGACCACAGUUGCUGCGGCAGCCGUUGCAGCAGCAGCAGCAGCUGCAGCAACAGCAGCAUGCAUUGCAGCAGUUGCAGCAGCUCCAGCAGCACAGGGUCCAGCUGCAGUUGCAACAGCAGCAGCAGCAGCAGCAGCAACAACAGCAACAACAACAGCAAAAUCAGCAGCAGAUGCACCAGCAACAUUUGCAGCAACAGCAGCAGCAUUUCCUGCAGCAGCAACAACAGCAGCUCCAGCAACAACAACACCUGCAGCAGCUGCAGCAGCAACAACAGCUGCAGCAACAGCAGCAGCAGAUGCAAAGCCAGCCACAGCUGCAGCAUCACAACCCUGAGGCCCUGCAGCAUCAGCAGCAGACAACGUUGCAGGCUGUGCAGCUGCACCAGCUGUUUGGGCAUGAGCCGGGGCAAGACAUCCCAGAAGAUGGCUUUUUGGUUGGCUGUGUCUUCGCCAUCGCCGACUAUCCAGAGCAAAUGGCUGAUAAGCAGUUACUGGCCACGUGGAAGCGGAUAAUUCAGGCAUAUGGAGGUUCCGUCGACUCGGCUUUGAAUCGCUGCACUCACUUGCUGUGUGAAAGUCAAGUCAGCAGCAUGUACCUGCAGGCUUUGAGGGAGGGGAAGCGCUGUGUGACGGCUCAUUGGCUCAACACCAUUCUGAAGAAGAAGAGGAUGGUUCCUCCUCACCGGACCCUCCACUUGCCCUUCAGCUUCCCCCCAGGAGCCAAGCCCUGCUCACAGCAUAUCAUUUCAGUGACUGGAUUUGUGGACAGCGAUCGAGAUGAUUUGAAGCUCAUGGCCUACUUAGCAGGAGCUCGCUAUACAGGCUAUCUGUGUCGCAGCAACACUAUUCUCAUCUGCAAAGAGCCGAGUGGACUAAAGUAUGAGAAGGCGAAGGAGUGGAGGAUCCCGUGUGUAAAUGCCCAGUGGUUGUGCGACAUCCUGCUGGGGAACUUUGAGGCUUUACGGCAGGUCCAGCACAGCAGAUACUCGCAGUUUACCAUGCCCGAACCUCUGGCGCCAAACCCACACCUCGUCCAGAACCUACUGGUUGCUUGGCGGACUCCUGUCAAGGUCUCCCCAGAAGCGUUGGUGAGCCUACGUCUGCAGCAGAAGCAGAAGCAGACGGAAGGCAGCUCACAGCCACCGGCCAAGAAACCCAAAAUAGAGGAGCUGCCCACGCCAACCAAAAAGCUGCCCCCGGAGUCCACGCCAUUUGUCUUCUUCACCGGCUUUGAACCACUGCAGGUCCAGCAGUACAUAAAGAGAUUGUACGAACUCGGCGGUGAAGUAGCGGACAGCGCGCAGAAGUGCACUCAUCUAGUGGCCAGCAAAGUGACACGUACGGUCAAGUUCCUGACGGCCGUAUCGGUCGUUAAGCACAUCGUCACACCGGAGUGGCUGCAGGAGAGCUGGAAGAGCCAGAAAUUUGUGGAUGAACAGAACUUCAUGCUGCGUGAUGCAGAGGCUGAGGUGCUGUUCUGUUUCAGUCUUGAGGAGUCGCUGAAGAGAGCCCACGCAGCUCCACUCUUUAAGGGGAAGUACUUCUACAUAACACCAGGGAUAUGUCCGAGCCUCAGCACCAUGAAAGCCAUCGUGGAGAGCGCUGGAGGGAAGCUGCUGUCCAAACAGCCUUCCUUCCGCAAGAUCAUGGAGCACAAGCAAAACAAGAAUCUGCCAGAGAUCAUCCUGAUAUCAUGUGACAAUGACUUGCAUCUGUGUCGCGAAUACUUUCUGAAGAACAUCGAUGUGCACAAUGCUGAGUUCAUUCUAACAGGAGUGCUGACUCAAACCUUGGAUUACAAAUCAUAUAAAUUCACAUGAGGUCAUCCUCGUGAGGAUCUGAGGGAAGAAAACACUACGUUCUCUCUACUGGUGCCUCCGCUGGGUCGACUCUGAAGGUUACUUGUUAUUUUUAAGGAAUCACAGAUUAAAAAUACAGUUGUUUAUUUGCAUUGAUUUUUAUAUUGUUCAAAUCAUUUGUUAUUGUUUUUGUAGACAUUACAGUUGGGGGGGAAAAAAAUAAUAAAUUGCUGUUAUUUUUAAAUCGUUGUUUAAAUUAUGCCAUAUCGUCCCGUUUGUUUUUACUGUAAUGUUAACGUCUUUACCUUUUGGAAUAAAAAUCUCAAAAGAUUGUGAA